AUGAGUAAGCAACAGAGACCCAUCUUAUUAGACGAUCAAACGGCUGGCCUGUUUUUAAGAAGAAAGACUCAUUUGGUGUUUGUUCUGGCUUUGCUGAUUGGCAUGACUAGUGUAUUGGCCUCAACACCAAGCGGAUCUGUGGAUGCUAGUAUCAACGCAAAUCCAACAUCAGUUGAUGCUACCCGCCUCCCACUCACUCAAGAAGUCAAACAGAAGCUAUAUGAGCUCUUCCAUCAAAUUAUGGAAAUCAAAAACACACAAGAUGAUUUGAUGUUCAGCCAAGAGAACUUCUGUAAAAGACUAACCCAAAAACCCGAGGGAUACCAUCUGGCAGUGGACACUUAUACUAUUACAACCAAAGACUGGACUGAAAGUUGGGAGAAACACGAAUUUCAACGCGAUGUGCUGACUUUGAUGGCUGAAAUAAAGUGCCAGGAGCUGAAACUUGAGAACUUGCACAUUAGCGAUAGCAUUGCGUAUGGCCGGGCCAUAAUAAGGCUUCUUUGUGUUGUCACCACCGAACGAUUGGUUCUCAGCCUUCAAAAGGCGACUGUAUGCACGUAUUUAGCUCUUAGUAUGUACUUAAGUGAGACACAGCUAGCUCUGAAGGACACUCCAGUUCAACCUCUAAACGAGCUUUGCUUAGAAUCAUGCAACAAGUUUGGAUUGGAGGUGGUUAUGGAAGCGUUGAAGAAUAAAAUGGUUACUCAUCUCGUAAUCAAAAACUACCAAGAUUGUGUUUUUGGGGCAUUGGACAGCAUCAGUCUAGCCCCAAAGCGCGAAAUAUCAGUCUAUGUAGGCGACCAAAACACUGUCCUGAAUUUGCUUCCCAUUGUAAACCAGCCAUAUGAGUUUAUUUCAAUCAAGAUCGUGGUGUCGCCCGAGUACACCUGUAUUGCUGAGGGCUUGGAGUAUUUUAUCGAGGCUGAGAAAGCCCAGAAGGCCAAGAUAGUGCUGGAUGGCUCGGUUGUGCAUGAAAAAGACCCCCCAAGAAUCUCUAGGCCCAGAAGGUACAUUCGGUACAUUGCUGCUCAGUAUCACAUUAUCGUUCUUCUGUUUAUUGUGAUUAGUGGUCUCUUCUGUAUGUUGUGGUGGCGCCCGCCCUUGUCCGUACUCACCGCUAAAGAAGACCGGGAAGAUAUCAAACUCGAUGCGAAGCUUGAGAAGACGUUAAAUGAAACACCCAACAAUUCAUUAGAUAGCAGCUCGUCGGGUAGUCCGGCCAAUAGCCUAGAAGAAAACGCAGACGGCAAUUUAGAUAAAGAAGUGAAUGGUGAAUUAGAUAAAAAUGUGAGCGGUAAAUUAGAUAAAGAAGGGGAUGGUAAAUUAGAUAAAAAUGUGGAUAACAAGUUGGCCCAAUAA